AUGGUGGAAGCAGAGGAGCAGGAAGAAGAGAGUGAAGAGGAGCCCAAACUGAAGUAUGAAAGGCUUUCCAAUGGAGUCACUGAAAUUCUUCAGAAGGGUGCAGCGAGCUGCAUGACAGUCCAUGACAAGUUUCUGGCACUGGGCACACAUUAUGGCAAGGUUUACUUACUUGACGUCCAAGGAAACAUCACUCAGAAGUUUGAUGUAAGUCCUGUGAAGAUUAAUCAAAUUAGCCUGGAUGAAAGUGGAGAACACAUGGGUGUGUGUUCAGAGGAUGGCAAGGUGCAGGUAUUUGGACUAUAUUCUGGAGAAGAAUUUCAUGACACUUUUGACUGUCCCAUUAAAAUCAUUGCUGUGCACCCACAUUUUGUGAGAUCCAGUUGCAAGCAGUUUGUAACCGGAGGGAAAAAGUUGCUGCUAUUUGAAUGGUCAUGGAUGAACAGAUGGAAGUCUUCCAUUCUGCAUGAAGGGGAAGGGAACAUAAGGAAUGUGAAGGGGAGAGGCCAUCUCAUUGCUUGGGCCAAUAACAUAGGUGUGAAGAUUUUUGACAUCAGCUCAAAGCAAAGAAUCACCAACGUGCCCCGGGAUGACAUAAGUCUCCGGCCAGACAUGUACCCCUGCAGCCUGUGCUGGAAGGACAGCGUGACCCUGAUUAUCGGCUGGGGCACUUCCGUCAAGAUAUGCUCAAUGAAGGAACAGCAUGCCAGUGAAAUGAGGGAUUUGCCAAGCCGCUAUGUUGAAAUAGUGUCUCAGUUUGAAAUGGAGUUCUACAUCAGUGGACUGGCACCUCUCUGUGAUCAGCUUGUUGUACUUUCCUACGUAAAGGAGGUUUCAGAAAAAUCGGACAGAGAAUACUGUGCCCAGCCUACACUGGACAUCAUCCAGCCACUUUCCGAGACAUGCGAGGAGAUCUCUUCGGAUGCGCUGACGGUCCAAGGCUUUCAAGAGAAUCAGUGUAGAGAUUAUCAUUUAGAAUCCUUGGAAGGGGAAUCACUCUUUUACAUCGUGAGUCCGAGAGAUGUCGUUGUGGCCAAGGAAUGAGACCAAGAAGUCCACAUCGAUUGGCUCCUUGAAAAGAAGAAAUAUGAUGAAGCUUUGAUGGCAGCUGAAAUUAGCCAAAAGAACAUUAAAAGACAUAAGGUUCUGGAUAUUGGCUUGGCCUAUAUAAAUCACCUGGUGGAGAAAGGAGAAUAUGACACAGCAGCACGCAAAUGCCAGAAGAUUCUUGGAAAAAAUGCAACACUUUGGAAAUAUGAAGUUUAUAAAUUUAAAGAAAUUGGACAGCUUAAGGCUAUCAGUCCUUAUUUGCCAAGAGGGGAUCCUGUUCUGAAGCCACUUAUCUACGAAAUGAUCUUACACGAAUUCUUGGAAAGUGAUUAUGAAGGUUUUGCCACAUUGAUCCAAGAAUGGCCUGGAGAUCUGUAUAACAAUUCGGUAAUAGUUCAAGCAGUCCGGGACCACCUGAAGAAAGAUAGUCAGAACAAGACUUUACUUAAAACCCUGGCCGAACUGUACACCUAUGACAAAAACUAUGGCAAUACUCUGGAAAUAUACCAUACAUUAAAGCAUAAAGAUGCCUUCCAGUUGAUCCACAAGCAUAAUCUUUUCAGUUCUAUCAAGGAUAAAAUUGUUUUAUUAAUGGAUUUUGAUUCAGAGAAAGCUGUUGAUAUGCUUUUGGACAAUGAAGACAAAAUUUCAAUUAAAAAGGUAGUAGAAGAACUGGAAGACCGGCCAGAACUGCAGCAUGUGUAUUUGCAUAAGCUUUUCAAGAGGGACCAUCAUAAGGGGCAGUGUUACCACGAGAAACAGAUCAGCCUUUAUGCUGAGUAUGACUGACCAAACUUACUGCCCUUCCUCCGAGACAGUACCCACUGCCCA